AUGUCUCUGAAGCGCUCUGAAGGCCUGACGACAGAAGAAAUCCUGAAGACCGCUCACGCCGCUAUAGAUGCCUUCCUAUCUUUAGGAAUCGUGGGUUGUCUGUUCGGAAGUGUAGCAUGUUUGUGCUAUGGGACCACUCGGGUACCGAACGACAUCGACAUCGUCAUUACAUCGCCAAACCCGUAUGGCGGACUAUGGGAGCAGGAGGAUCUCAAAGAUCUUCUUGUUCAGACCGACGACAAAUUCUACGUCGUCUCUUCCAAGAAUCCCUUCGCCAACUAUCGUCUUCUUUACUACGAUCUUUCCGGGACCUCCAGAGUUUCCCGGGACCUGAGGCGUUGCUGCAAAGUCGAUGUUCUCGUCCCGGGAUCAAUGAACAUUCCCCCGAUCCCUCCAUCCAGCAUCAUUUGGCAACUCGAGAAGCUUCCAGUCAUGCCCUUCAUCCUGCUUCUCCUCAUGAAACUGCAGGGAUGGAUGGAUCACGGGAAUUCUGCGGCUCUACAUAUACAGGCGAAGCAGCCCAUCGAUGUACGUGAUAUCCGCGAGCUUCUCGCACUAUCUCUAGUACCCAGAACCACGAACCAGAAUGCGUGGAUGAUGAUGAAGCGGGAAGGAUGGAUACCACAGUCUUUCGUUGACGAAGGACAAAUGCGAGUACGAGAAUUCGUCAGGAGAUACCCUGAUACUGAGAAGAAGUGGCGACAAAUCGGCUUAGGAUAUUUGCCUGGUAUGUUCGUCGGAACAUUUUCAUGCUGUGGUUUGGACUAA